AAAAUCACAAAAACAUACAACACCGAGGAUUCCCCAGUCGUCACCGACCUGAGUACUAAUCCGGCGGUCAGUAGCUUAUCUAAGGGAGAGCGGACGGGAUCCCGAGUUUUCUACUGCCUGUGGUCGUAUGUGCUUGCUGUUCUCCAGAGUUGGGGCUUAUAUAUCCGGCUUUGGGCUGAAUUCAUCUCCGUUUCG